UUGUCUAACUUUUGUGUUUUCUAUUUCUAAAACAUGUAUAAGUUGUUCUCACCAAUAUAUGCAUGGUCUGAAAACACCUUUUGUAAGCUAAGCUGGAAGAGAAAGCAAAUAAUCAUUAUUCAGGCAGUGUUUAUUUUUAGGUCUCACUUUAGAAGAAACCCAUUAAGGUUAUUUUAAGCUUAUCAGGGACCAGCAUGUCUUUAUCUGCCUAGAGACUAAAAAAAAAAAAAAAAAAAUACUCACUGGUUCUUAGCUUGCCUCCUAUCUCUAGAUAACAAGAAUCAUUAUCAUUUGCUGCAGUUUGAAAGAAAACCUCUUUGCCUCAAGCCUUUGCUAGGCCAUGGAACCUCUUGAAAGUGUCUGUGAAGCGGAUGAGGAGGGAGAGGGAAGUGACCGAGAUGUUGGAACAGGUGGUGGGCUUUACCCUGGGGCUCCUGAUCACGAUGCCAGCCCAAAGCCCGCCACGAGACUCAAGGAGAAAAGGAUGAAUAGACCCAAUCACACAAACAAGGGAAAACAACAGCGUGACAGGCGAAAGCUGCGUGAGAAAAGACGUAGUACGGGGGUAGUCCAUCUACCAUCUACAGAGUCGACAGGAGGGAGCACAGGAGAGGACGAGGAACUGCUUUCAAUGACAGCUGAGACCCGCAGGAACACUCAUUACAACGAACACCUGGAGAAGGAGAAAUCUGGCGACCACCACCACUCUGUUGUCUCUGGCCCUCCCUCCUUGCCUGACCACAAGCAUAAGAAGUCCUUCACAAGCCACAGAAAUAAAAGCCCGAGUGAUCUAGAAGCAGAUGAUGAAGACAACCAAGACUAUGACUCUCUGACAAUGAGUGACUCCACACUGUCCCUCGUGCAGCCAGCCUCUGCAGCCUUACCAAACCUUCACUCUUCAAACAGCUUGCAGACAACUAGACCACCUGCAAAUGGAAGGCCUGCAACACCAACAACAGAGAGUGUAGAUGAGCUCUUGGAGAGUGCCCGUGAGGAAAAUCGACGUCUCUUGGGCCUCCUUGAAGAACGAGACAGGCGCAUCUCGUCACUUGAAUCUCGACUUUCGCAACUCACAGGGGAGUUAAGCCAGGCAUGUAAUGACCGCUCUAAUUUGCGACAGGAAAACAACGCCCUCAUACGGGCGAUUGCUUCACUCACCACAAAGUAACCUUGUGGCAGCUAUCACCACAUAACAUCGAGUAAUCCCCAUGUGCCAUGUCUCUGGCUGUUAGGUGAACUUAAGGUGGCAAUUGGUACUUAAGUAAAUACUUUGAGUAGGCUGUAGUUUGUGUACUGUAUCAUAGAUGCACAGAGGUAUUGUCCUCUUCCACUCUGGCAGCAUCUACAACUUGAUGGUGAACUUGGUAAUCAAUGAUGCUGUUUAAUCUUUGAAUAUUGCUCACCAUUCUCACCCAGAGCUUUUAAGAAAGGAUACACGUUGAUCCAGUUAAUUGGCUGCUUGUGCUCCUUAAUUAUUGCUGUGCCAGAGAUAGAAUAAAAAAAAGAUGUUCUACAAAUGAUUUGCACUGCUUCAGCUACACCACAGAUAUGUAAUGCCAAGAACUUAUCCCAUGUUGUUGUGAGUAUGUGAAUGUAUUUAUAGUUGAUUUACUUUUAUCCAUAUUUAUAAAACUAAACUUGAGUGUGUGUUUUCUGUAAAGUGUUUGAAUAUAAA